GCAAACGUACCUCUUCUACCUAACCUUCUCUUCUACAUCUUUCUCCGAUACCCAUCUGUCAUCACCACGAAAUCAUAUAUAAGCCCUUCUGCUUCACCCUUCUCGAUCGACGGACCUGUCAACAGCUGCAACGACCCCAACCACAACCGACAGUAUGCGAUCCAAGUUCAAGGACGAGCACCCCUUCGAGAAGCGUAAGGCUGAGGCCGAGCGCAUUCGUCAGAAGUACUCGGACCGUAUUCCUGUCAUCUGCGAGAAGGUGGAAAAGUCCGACAUCGCCACCAUCGAUAAGAAGAAGUAUCUGGUGCCCGCGGACCUGACCGUCGGUCAGUUCGUCUACGUCAUCCGGAAGCGUAUCAAGCUCUCCCCGGAGAAGGCCAUUUUCAUCUUCGUCGAUGAGGUCCUGCCACCCACGGCUGCCUUGAUGAGCAGCAUCUACGAGGAGCACAAGGACGAGGACGGCUUCCUCUACAUUACCUACUCUGGCGAGAACACCUUCGGCGACUGCGAGACUGCUUGAGCCUCAGAGAGAGCUUCCUUAUUGCAGCUGUCCCUCAAUUCGGACUAUGUCGGCGUUUGGUUUCUCUGGGCACGUUAUGAAUGGGUUAUGGCUUCGCACUUGAUUCACUUGUCAGUGCUUCGGGGAAGGGAGAUGAAGUAGCCAGUUCUACUCGGAUAUUUCCUUUCAAUACACUCAGAUACCUCA